AUGAUAUCUUCAAACUUUUAUCAAAAUCAACCAAUUGCUGUUGCUUCAAAUAUUGUUCCAAAAGAAUUUCAAAUCAUGUAAGUUUUUUAUGAUCAAACAAAUAAUAAAUAUUAUAUUUCAUAACACAAUUUUUGUAUUUGAUAAGCUCUCAAUGACCGGUGAAAAAUAAAUGUUUGUGUUGUUUGCAGGCCAACUCCGUGCUCAUCUGUCGACACAAAUGAAAUUCGUUGUCGAAUUUGUGAACGAAAUUACGAUGGAUCACAACAUUUUGGAAUUGAUGUAAGAUUCAGAAUUGCAUUAUUUUUUUGUAUUUCAUAACAACUGAUUUUUUCUUCAGAUCUGCCGAGCUUGCGCCGCAUUUUUCAGAAGAAGUGUUAGUGUGAAGAAGAAUUUUGUGUGUAGACGUGGAUCGGAUAAUUGCCAUUUGAAUAGUAAGUUUUUUUGGAUAAUAGAAAAAAAUGAAUAAAAUUUUGCAGCUCCUCGAAAAAUCACAUGUCAAAAAUGUCGGUGGAUGAGAUGUUUGCAGGUUGGACUUCAAGUUGAAUGUGAGUUUGGAGCAAAGAGAAAAUAUUUGAAAUCGGUUUAUCAAAAAAUGCCACGUGGUUUUUGAAAAUUCAAUAAAAAAUUACUAAAUUUCAGUAGUUCAUGGAACUCGCUCAUCACACACUCAUCACAGUCCUCAACACAAUCCAAAUAACACGAAAAACUCAGACGAUGAAUAUGAUUCUGCUGAUGGUUCGGAUAAAUCAAUUGAUGAAGAUGAGCCAAUGCACAUUUUCAAACCAAUUCCACUUUUUAUGACAAUUGAUGUCGAAAAAGCUCAUACAAAUUUCAUUCAAAGAGUUUUGGCAAAUUAUCGAGAAUUUACAAUUCAAAGACUUGAAGUUGAACAAAGUAUUCCAUUGAUGGGAGAUCAGGAAGUUAUUCUAAAUGGAAAGAAAAUGUAUAAAACAACAAGACAAAGAGUGUCAGCGAUUUAUGAAAAACAACUUCCACUUCUUCAUUCAUUUUUAUUGAAAACCUUUCAAACAUAUCAAAAUUGCAACGAAAUGGAACAAAAAAGAAUCUGCGGUCUAUUUUACCCAGUUUUAUGGGAAAUUGAAGCUUGUUAUUGGACUUAUCGACAUAUGACAAAUGAAAACGCAUCAAAUAAAUUGAUGACGACACAAACCACAUUCAUUGAUGUUAAUGAUGUUAAAUUUUGGCUUGGUGAAAGUGAAUCGAAUGAUUCAUCAAUGAUUGAGUCACAAUUGAGAUCACUUGUUGAGAAAGCGCGAACUUUGAUUCUUCGACCAAUGCAAUCGCUGAUUAUUUCUGAAGUUGAAUUUGCUGUGCUCCUUGCUUUAAAUAUUUGGGCGCCCAGAAAUCAUCGAAUUGGUGAAGAACAAGAUCGAAGAGCUGCUGAAAUGCGAGAUCGACUUUUUGAUGAUGUUCAUAUUUUAUAUCGACAUGAAAUGAAAAUGGAUAAUUAUGCAAAACGAAUGGGUGAUAUUAUGUGCCUCUACACCGAUGUUCAGGUAAAUUUCUAUUCUUGAUUUUUAUUAAUGUUUUUGUAAUUAUUCUUUUUCAGAGCGCCAACAUUUCUGAAACGAUUCAACCAAUUUUAUUUUCAACUUUACAUCAAGCUAUCUCAAAUUUAUAA